AUGGCAGCCUCAGCAGCGAAAGAUUCAUCUCGUAUCGACCAACUUCUCAAGGCAAAUUCUGUCUUUGCCCAAACAUGGCCGACUCCUCCGACAAUGGUGCAGAUGCGCGCCGCGUCAGAAGGUGGAAUUCUCGUCCUGACAUGCAUGGACCCUCGUGUCGUUCCGGAACAAUUUUUUCCCAAUGCUCGGAUUGCCGUGUUUCGAAACGCUGGUGGCCGAUAUAGUCCCGACGUCGUCCGUACCGCCGCGACGCUCAGGAAGUUGAUGGGCGAUAAGCCAGGGGCAGUGACCACCGUCAUAGUCGUUCAUCAUACCGAUUGUGGCAUGACGCAUCUCACGAACAAAGAAAUCCAAGACGAUAUUGUUGCCAAGUUCCCCGCGGAGGCCGAGACUGCAAAGGCCAUCAACUUUGGGUGUUUCACCGGUGAAGAUCUUGUAAAGAGCAUCAAGGAGGAUGUCGAGGCUUUGAAGGCCGAGGAGAUCUUGAAGGGUAUAGAGAUUGUCGGAUUUGCAUUGGAUACCGUGACUGGGCUUUUGAGCGCGGUGUGA